AGAGCAAGAUCUACCAAUAAAAAAAAAAAAAAAACCUUUAAAAUAAUCUUGAAAAAUAUUAAAAAAUAAAAAUAAAAAAAAGGUAGCAAGGAUAUGGAAAGGAGGAGGCUCAUAGGCCUGGCAAAAGAUAAAGAAAUAUAAGACAAGACAGGCAGGCAGCACGCGAGUGACUGGGCAAGGUUUUUUUGCUCAUGGUACAACCAUCAAUGCAUAAAGUACAACUCCAUCAACAAAAGAGUUGUGCACCGACCCUAAUCAAAUAAUCUCACACCCACUCUCUCUCUCUUCUCAACCUGGUUUUGUUGGGUCACUUAAUAUCAAGAUUUUCCCAAAUUAAAACAACCAUAUCUGCUGAACCUGUGUCACCAGUUUGAUCUAUGGCUACCAAAUCCAAAUCUUCAUCGGAAACACCUCCGGCCACCAAAAUUCCCAUCAGCAAAACAUCACCGGCGACACCGAGAGUCAGUAAACUUAGCCGAGGAGUUGCGAAAUCCGAGACGGAUUCACCGUCUCCCCUUCAAAGCACUAGAGCCUCAGCCGAACGAUCCCCUCGGCCUGCUGUUUCGAAGCCGACAGUAGAUCGCCGGUCACCGAAGACCAGCAUCCUUGCUGAAAAACCAGCACCGAGUCCAAGGGGGGUGCAAAAGGCGUCGGAGUUACAAGCUCAAUUAACUGCUCUUCAAGAAAAUCUUAAAAAAGCCGAAGAAAAGUUAACUUCUGUUGAGAAAGAGAAAGAAAAAGCGAUCAACGACCUAAAAGAAGCACAAAAGUUAUCUGAAGAAACAAAUGAAAAGCUUCGUGAGGCACUCGUGGCUCAAAAGAGUGCGGAAGAAAAUAUCGAAAUUGAAAAAUUCCGUGCUGUCGAAAUGGAACAAGCGGGAAUCGAAUCUGCUCAAAAGAAGGAAGAACAAUGGGAAAAAGAGAUAGAAGCUGUCAAAAACCAGCACGCUGCUGACGUGGCAGCUCUUGUUGCUGCAACUCAAGAGCUUGAAAAAGUCAAGCAAGAGUUGACCAUGACAUGUGACGCUAAAGAUCAAGCACUUACGCAUGCGGAUGAAGCUACAAAGAUCGCUGAAACCCAGAUGGAAAAGGUGGAAACGUUAACCGCUGAGAUCACACGAUUGAAGGGAUUACUGAACGCCAAAUUUGAGUCGGAAGCCGAUCAAACUAAUAAGAUGAUGUCGGAACUCAAUUUGCAGAUCGAAACUCUGAAAUCCGAAGCAACUCAGAGUGAAAAACUGGUGUCGGAGCUGAAAUCCGAGAUAGAGAUGUUGAAAUCGGAGAGUCAAGAAACCGACAAAUUGGUGUCGGAAUUGAAAUCGGAAGUCGAGCAUCUGAAAUCGGAGGAAAACGAGUUGAAAUCGGAGAUCGAAACUCUGAAUCUUGAACUCCGAAAGGCGAAAGUGUACAAGGAAAAGUUAGGCCACAUUGAAGCUUCGUUUGAGGAGCUAAACGUUGAAUUAGAAGCCGCUAAAAUGUCGGAAUCAUACGCGAAAAGCGUCAUGGAAGAAUGGAAGAAAAAGGUGGAAGAAUUAGAUCUUCAAGUCGAAGAAGCUAAACGAUCAGAAAGAUCCGCAUCGUCGUCACUCGAGUCAACGGUCAAAGAUUUAGAAAACAACAACCGUUUGUUGAGAGAUGCGGAAACCGAGCUUUCCUCUCUGAAAGAAAAGGUCGGUUUAUUAGAAAUGUCAAACGUGAGACAAAAAGGCGAUCUUGAAGAAUCCGAACGUGCGCUUCAGAAGUUGAAAUUAGAAGCUUCGGAAACCGCGAAAAAAGCCGAAAGUUUGAAAAACGACCUUGAAGUUGUGAAGGAGGAAAAAAUACAAGCUUUGAAUAACGAGAAACUCGCAGCAAGCAGUGUUCAGAACCUUCUAGAAGAAAAGAACAAGCUCAUAAUUGAACUCGAAACAUCGAAAGACGAAGAAGAAAAAAGCAAGAAAGCGUUGGAAAGUUUAGCAUCGGCUUUGCAUGAAGUUUCAUCGGAAGCAAGAGAAGCUAAAGAAAAAUUAUUAUUAAAUCAAUCCGAAAAUGAAAAUUAUGAAGCGCAAAUCGAAGAUUUGAAACAUGCGUUGCAAACGACAAAUGAGAAGUACCAAAACAUGCUUGACGAUGCAAAACAUGAAGUCGACAUGCUUAUGAACACGAUCGAGAAAGCUAAAGAGAGCCAUAAAAGUACGGAAUCCGAAUGGAAAGAAAAAGAGACCGAAUUGAUCGGCUGCGUGGAGAAGUCUAAAGAAGAAAAUGAUUCUUUGCAGAAGGAGAUUAGCAAGUUAACUAAUUUGCUUCAAGAAACCGAAAAAGAAGCGUAUGAUUCUAACGAAGAACGAACCCAUAUCAAGAAACUUUUGAAGGAAACCGAAUCUGAAGUUAGUUAUCUUAAAGAAGUUCUCGGCGAUGCAAAAGGCGAAAGUAUGAAUUUGAAAGAAAGUUUAAUGGAUAAAGAAAAUGAAUUGCAGAGUCUCGAUCAAGAAAUCACGGAGCUUAAAGCACGCGAAGUCGAAUCGUUGAAAAAGAUCGAGGAGUUGACCAAAUUGCUCGAGGAGAAAUCCGCUAAACCGACGGUUGACGAAAAUGAGGAUGCGACGGACAGUGAAAAAGAUUACGAUAUGCUUCCGAAAGUGGUCGAAUUCUCCGAACAUAACGGAGAUGCUAAAACCGAGCAACCAUCAAAAGAAACACCUGUGAUCGAAAACAAAAGUAAAGAAUUCGAAUUUAAAGUGGAUUCAACUGCGAAAGAUGUGAACGGAGAACAUAAAGAUUCCGAAGAGGUUGAAUUCAAGAUGUGGGAAAGUUGCAAGAUCGAAGAAAAAGAUUUGUCACCCGAAAGAGAUGAAACCGUUCGUGACGAAUCUUUCGAUGACGACGUAGACUCAAAAACCGAAGCCGGUGAAGGGUACGAUCAGGUAAACGGUACUGAAAACGUUGAAAACGGUGCCAGCUCACCAUCGAAACAGGACUCACAUGUGAAGAAGAAGAAACCGUUGCUGAAGAAGUUCGGAAGCUUGUUGAAGAAGAAAGGCACAAGCAACACCACCCCGAAGUAGCGAAAGAGGUAAAUCGAUGUUACAUGUGUUUGUGUUUCUGUUUUUUUUCGUUCGAUACGAUUUUAUAUUUUGUUUCUUGAUUUAAAACAGUGGGUAAUUACGUAUCAUCUUUGGAGAUUUGUUUGUUAUUAUUGUUACCAUAUUGUGUAUGCUAUAACUAUUCCCCUUGUAUGCGACUGAUUUCCCGUUGUAUGUUACCUAGAAAGUUAUUUGGAAAGAAAUAACAGCUUCAUGUGGUU